AUGGGGCUUGAAGAACAAAAGGAAGAGCGAGAAGUUCUCGACUCGAUCUUCCCCGACGAAAUUACAGAUGUCUCUGACACGUCAUACCGGAUAUCCAUCACGCUCGAAGUACCAAAUGAUGGGUCCGACGAAGAUGCCGAACCACCAGUCAUUCUACUCAAUGUGGUUUACCCAGAAGCGUAUCCUGAUGUUGGCCCUUAUCUGGACAUCACAUCUCCGCCCAAUGCAUACAAACAUCCUGAGCUAGAUGUCUCCGAGGACAAGGCUGAACUACUGCAAGCUCUUGCGCCGACCAUUGAAGAUUCGCUGGGCAUGGCAAUGGUCUUCACGCUAGUCACCACCUUGAAAGAGAGUGCGGAGAACAUGAUCACUGAAAGACUGCAGAAAGCAGAAGCUAUUCGGGAUCAAGUACUGCGGAAGAAAGAAGAGGAGGAGAAUCGCAGAUUCCACGGUAGUCUGGUGACGAAAGAACGGUUCUUGGAGUGGAGAGAAAACUUUAAGAAGGAGAUGCAGGAGAAAGAACGUAGACAGAAGGAAGAAGAAGAGGCGGAAGACAAAAAGAAAAAGACCGGUGCCAGGUCUGACGAGAAGAAGCUGACGGGAAAACAACUCUGGGAGCGCGGACUUGUCGGAAAGGGUGACGAAGACGACGCUGAGGGUGAAGAUGCUGUUGAAGCAGUGGAAAAGCUGCAAAUCAAAGAAUAA